GUUUACUCUGACAAACAGCAAAGGAAACGUGGGGAGAUUCUGCAGCAGCGACCAGGGACAGGGGACAGUCUUCCAAAGAGGCGUGAGCUGAUCGGACGCCGUGGAUAAAAUAACAAUAUCAAGGUUUCCAGUGUCAAACUCGACUCGAUGUCCUGGAGAAGAGAGGAAUUAAACUCAGAGGAACAAAAACAAAGCAUUAGUUCUCUACUGUAAAUGGACACAGUGAAGAUCUCGUAAAGGACACAUUUUGAACCACCCUGUGUCCUCCCUCUGGAUAUUCUCUGGCUCUAUAAACCGCGCGACAGAGAGCCAUAGAGAUGGAUGUGACGGCUGAUCAGCCUCGCUGGAUGCAUCACCACGCCGUGCUGAACGGACAACACCCGGACUCUCACCACCCCGGCCUGGGGCACAACUACAUGGAGCCCACGGCGCAGCUCCUGCCUCCCGAUGAGGUGGAUGUUUUCUUUAAUCACCUGGACUCACAGGGAAACCCGUACUACCACAACUCCACCAGGGCCAGAGUGUCCUACAGCCAAGCGCACGCUCGUCUGACGGGGACUCAGGUCUGCCGGCCUCAUCUCAUCCACAGCCCGGGGAUUUCAUGGCUGGACGGGGGGAAAGCAGCCCUCUCAGCUCACCACCACCACAACGCCUGGGCCGUCAGUCCCUUCAGCAAACCCAGCCUGCACCACCCCGGCUCCGCGUCCCCCGGCGGCCUCUCUGCCGUCUACCCGUGCAGCAGCAACUCAAACACGGUCUCCGCACCGUCGUUAACGCCGCCGUCCCACUCGAGCCCGCAUCUGUACACUUUCCCCCCGACACCACCAAAGGACGUAUCGCCGGACCCGGGGGCCGCGUCUCCCUCGUCCUCCGGCACCAGAAUGGACGAGAAGGAAUCUAUCAAAUACCAAGUGUCGUUAACGGAGGGCAUGAAGAUGGAGGGAUCCAGUCCGCUGAGGAGCAGCUUGGCCUCCAUGAGCGCUCACACCCCCUCCACCCACCAUCCCAUACCAACAUAUCCCACCUACUCGCUCCCAGCGGCACACGAGUACGGCAGCAGUCUGUUUCACCCGGGCAGCCUUCUGGGAGCAUCACCCAGCUUCAACCCCAAGAACAAAGGCAAGACACGGUCCUGCACCGAGGGCCGUGAGUGUGUAAACUGUGGAGCCACCUCAACUCCCCUGUGGAGACGUGACAGCACCGGACACUACCUGUGCAACGCCUGCGGGCUGUACCACAAGAUGAAUGGCCAGAACAGACCACUCAUCAAACCCAAACGCAGGCUGUCUGCAGCCAGACGAGCAGGCACCUGUUGUGCUAACUGUCAGACGACCACCACCACACUGUGGCGGCGCAAUGCAAAUGGAGACCCCGUGUGCAACGCCUGCGGCCUCUACUAUAAGCUGCAUAACGUGAACCGGCCUCUGACCAUGAAAAAGGAGGGAAUACAGACACGCAACCGGAAAAUGUCCAACAAAUCCAAAAAGAGCAAGCGAGGCAGCGACAGCUAUGAGGAGUAUUCCAAAAGCCUGCACGACAAGAGCUCUCCCUUCAGCGCCGCCUCUCUGGCCGGACACAUGUCCAUGGGCCAUUUGCCGCCUUUCAGCCACGCUGGACACAUGCUCCCCACGCCCACCCCAAUACACCCGUCAUUCGGCCACCCGCACCACUCUAACAUGGUGACGGCCAUGGGCUGAGAGGGCGAAGAGAGAGGGGUUAGCAUAGAGCUACUUCAAGAACCUGAGAUGGUCUCAUGAAGGGGGAUGAUGGUCUCACUAGAGGACAGUGUGUACAAUGUUACGGACAUGCAGUUUGUGUGUCUUCUUCUUGAUUGUGUCUUGAUUGAUUACGCCUGUGGUAUGUCAGGGAAAAGAUGUAUCGUGGGAAGAGAGGACCGUUUUACUCCUUAUCUAUAGGUACCCAUUUUGAUGGAGGAAGAUUCUGCUUCCUGUCAGCCAGGAACACAUGUAAACACAAAAAUGUCAUCACACCUCAUAGUUUUCCUCCAACAGUCCCCACUGACGCCCUGACUGUCUGCAGUGUGGUUCAGUAUGUGCCGAACAGGUUUAUAUAACUGUGAAUAUUGUAAAUGUGUUCACAACAUUAAAUGAAAAUAUGCUGGAUUUUUUGCUCAUGGACAAUUUUAAAUGGAAUUUUCACAAAAAAAAACAAGCAAACAAAAAGGUUUAUGAAUCCUAAUUUGACACUGUUUAUUAUAAUUAUUGUUAUUAUAAUUAUUAUUGUUAUUAUUGUUAUUCAGAUAAUUUAUUUUCACUGCCUUUUUUCUUUGAUUAUAUCACCUGAAUCAUAAUAUGGAUACUGUUAUCCCAGUUAUGAAUAUAUUUUUAGCUGAAGCGCUUUCUCUGAGCUGGUCAACAUUUAUACUGGUAAGAAAUAAAGAGAUCAAGUUCAUUA